CAGACAUCUAUCGAAGGAGCGUCAGCGAAUUUGAAAAUUUUCCGUAACGGCUCUCUCUCUCUCUCACAAAUCCGAUUGAUGGAGACGAAAUCGAUGAGCAAGGCUGUACGCGUGGUAGCUAGGGUGAAGCCGUCGUCGUCGGAUCCGGCUGUAGAAGCUUCGUCAGCGUCAUCUGUAUCUGUUCACAAGAGAGAUCAAUCGGAGACGGUUUCGAUUUCCUUCGGAGCUCAAUUCGCUGGUUCGAAAGACUCAUGUGAAUUGGAUUAUUUCUACGAAGAAAACGAAUCCGCGAGUUCGAUUCUCGCCAAGGAGAUUAAACCUCUCAUCUCUAGUGUCUUUGAGGGUAAAGAUGCUAAUGUGAUUGCUCAUGGAGCAAGAUGUAGCGGGAAAACGCUUCUUAUUCAGGGAUCUGAGUGGGAACCUGGUUUGGUCAUCCUUUCAAUGGCUGAGAUGCUAUCCAUGGCUGAGGAAAGAGGAGACUCAGUUUCGGUUUCGUUUUACGAAGUCUCUCAAGAAACUGUUUAUGACGUCUUAGACAAAGAGAAGCGAGUGGUUUCUGUAUUGGAAGGUCCACCAGGGAAGAUUCAGCUAAAAGGACUUUCGAAGGUACCUGUGAAGUCACUCUCGGGAUUUCAAGAGGUGUAUUUCGGGCUCAACAAAAUCCAGAAGCUGGUCAACGACCCUCCUCUUAGGAGCCAUAGAGGUGUGAUGAUACAUGUUACCAAGGGGGAAGCUAAUUCGGGAUCCUUUGGGAGGAUGAAUUUUCUUGAUAUGGCAGGAUAUGAGGACUCUAGAAAACAAUGCAGUGAUCUAGCUCCUCCAGAGAUUACCAGGAUAAAUAAAUCGAUAUAUGCUUUACAGAACGUCAUGUAUGCUAUCAAUGCAAAUGAAUCUCAUGUGCCAUACAGGGAGAGCAAACUCACUCACAUGCUGAAAGAUUGUUUACAAGGAUGCAACAGAACGUUGCUGAUCACUUGUCUGCCGCGAGAAUUUAGCCAAGACUCAUUUUACAUGCUAAACUUAGCAUCACGGAUCUGUCUAGGCAGUAAACAAUCCAUGACUAAUGCUACUAAGAAGAGCAAAUGUCCUGCUGGAUCUCUUUCAUCAUCAUCUGCCGCUCAAAAGAAAAACACACCUUUGGCUGUGUCUGCUACUUCUAGGCAACAGACAGGGAUAAGAAAAAGUGUGACAGAGAGAAAGUCUAAGCUCAAUACUCCAGCUUCUGCAAUUAAAGGAAGGAAACUGUUUGGUGAAGCAAAUGAUUCGUUGAAAUGUAAAAAUAGCUCCAAGAAGAUGGAAGGCAAAUCAAGAGUGGCAGUGAAAAAGGAAAUCUCCACUCCAAAAGUUGUCUUGAAAGUUCAGGCCUCCUCAUCUGAAGAAGAAGUCUGUUCUUCAGUAAUGGUUACAGAUUCUCAAUCUUCAACGGUAGAAGAGCAGGAUCACUCUGUCCCAGCUUUAUCAAGUUCAGAAAUAGCCAUGGAACUGAGCUAUGCAACCACUGCUUCUUUCGUCUCAAAAGUUUCUGACCCUACACACAAGGAGACACCCCUGAAACAUGAGGAAGAGGUUUUAGAAGACAUUUAUUGUGAUGAUGCUAUUGCAUGCAAAGCCAAAAUAGUAGAGAGAGGUGAAUACCGUUCAGUCAUUGAAGAAAAUCCGACUCUAGUUAAUGCAGGAGAAAGCUUGGAGAAAGAGAACAACUAUUUUCUAGCCAAUGAAACUGCAUCACCUCCGCUCAGCAUGCAGCUUCGAGAACUUUCCAUGACUUUAAAGUCGCUAUGCAAUACCUCAAACCAUCCAUCCCCGCCUGAGAAGUAUCAAACUGCCCUAACUAAAUCUUAUGUUGAAGAGCUACCACAACAUAGCGAGAUUACCGCUGAAGCUGAGCUAAAAACACCUGAGAGAAGUAUGCCUUCAAAGAUUGCCUGUACUCCUUGGAAGACAUUCAGUGCACACAGCUCUAAACUGAAGAAUUCUGCUGUUGGAGAGUAUCUUAAGUUUUUAAACACAGCAGACAAGGAAGAUCUAAAGAAGCUAAAGGGUAUUGGAGAGAAGAGAGCUACUUACAUAGUAGAGCUCCGCCAAGAAUCUCCCGAACCAUUUAAGGAACUUGAUGACUUGAAAGAUAUCGGACUCUCAGAAAAACAGAUUAAGGGAUUGCUAAGGAAGGAGAUUGGUGAUAUUUUUCAGUAGCUGAAGAUAUUAUAUAUGGUCACAGCUGAAGUAUAUUGAUGCAUGUUUUCUACAAAGAGUUUGAAGGAUUGUAUCCUGAAUCUGUCCAAUGUGAAUGAUUAGAGAUCUCUUAUUUAUUUAUCGUUAGCUACAUUACCUAUCAUUCGACAUAUCAAUCAUGCAGUCAUAAACUGUCGCUUUUAUUAACAAUAAUCUUUA